UCUGGUAUAAAAAGACCGUGUGAUCAUUUAGUUAAUUCAGUAACAGACCAGCCACACUCGCAAGAUGAUGAAACUGUUGAUGCUCAUUUUUGCUGUCCAGCUGGUGGUUUCUUCAGCUUUUGUUCCGACCCCCUUUAGUGCUAACGAAAAUCAUACUGAAGUGGCAAAUCAUACUGAUAUAACUGGUCACACCGAGAAUCAUACCGAGAAUCACACCGAGAAUCAUACUGAUGCAAGUAGAUCUACCGUCAGUGCCCGCUCCAGUACUGUGAGUGUGUCUACGUUGAAGGCCGGUUCUACAAAGGCCGCUAAGACAACUGUAACAAAAAUUACUACGACCAAACCACCGAAGACAACCAAAGCCGCAAAGACGACCAAAGGUAAAAGUGGAUAAACGUGUGGAGGAAUCCCACUUAGUGAAUUCUACGUUUUCCAUUAUUGGGCUGGAAAAUCCUUUAAUAAAAAAAUAAAUCAAAAUAUGCAAUAAAAACUACUUACUUUA